CCCGCCCCCCCUACUCAGUGUGUCUGUGACCAUCAAAGAGGGAGGACGUGAAACGCUCGCUCCGGGCUCGCUCUCUCUUUACCUGUCCGCGACCCUUGCCGACGUAAGGGGAAACCUCGCGUCGCCUAUACGGUUUUAAGUGUUCAACACUACGCGGCCACACAUGAGGUGGUUGAUGUUCCUCAAGAGUUGCAGGAAAUCACAUUUAACUAUGAAAUCUAGACGCAAACAUGGUUAGUGACACGUGUAUCAUUGUCUUGAGUAGGAAGCUUUUGACGAUGAAAAAGAAAGACUAUGAAGUACCACUUUAUGUCAUAAGCUAGGAACCAGAGGUGUUAGGGAGGUGAACGGAGGAGAUAAGAUCGAGACACCUGGAAAUAAGUCCCUUUUGGAAAUUUUAGCAAGUGUGGGACAAGCUGACAGGUGCAGUGAAUCUCGAUCAGAAAAAAUACUGCUAAUAAACCAAAGUGCUAUGUGAUUGAUAUAGAAACCCAAAGAACGAAGCGACGAGGAUUUGGUUAGGUGAUUACUCCUAUACGCCGCUUCAACCUCGCUCAUCUAUCGAAGAUGUACAUCACCUGUAACAGACGAGGGCGAAUGGACUGGCACGUUGUAGGGAGAACGUGGCUCUCUUGUGGUGUGCAGUUCUUCCUCCUUGCACUGGCGUUCUUGAGCACUGGCGCGGCGGAGAGUGGGCCGAGGCAAAGAUUCGCCAACCAGCCGUCACCGCAAACCGCCGUGAUCGGGUCGACGGUAGUGCUUCCAUGCCGCAUCAUCAACAAGGUGGGCCAGCUACAAUGGACCCGGGACGACUUUGGCCUAGGGAACGAGCGAGAGCUGUACGCCUUCAAGCGGUACUCCAUGAUUGGCUCUGAUGAGGAAGGAGACUACAGCCUGCGCAUUAGCCCCGUCACUCUCGAGGACGACUCCUACUUCCAGUGCCAAGUGACAGGUUGGAGGGACAUCCCGGGUGUGAGGUCCCAGACAGCCAAACUGACGGUGUACGUGCCCCCAGAACCUCCUGAGAUUACCCAAGGCCCCGUUGUCACCACCACAGCAGGAGCGGGUGUCCAGCUGACCUGCAUAUCCAAGGGAGGAAAGCCUGCAGCCGAGAUCCAGUGGCUGGACGGGUCAGGACGGGAGAUGACAGAGGGCAUCGAGUACACUACUGAACUUAUGGAAGACGAGCAUCGCCGCAACGCGAAGUCCAUCCUGAGCUUCCUGGCGUCUCGCGAGCACCACAAUACAGUAUUCACCUGCACAGCCUCCAAUCCAGCACUCCACCAGCCAUUCAGGACACAGGUGCGGCUGGAGGUGAGCUACCCCCCGGAGGUGACCAUCACGCACGAUCAGGACGGAUACAUGGAGGGCCAGACCGCCACCCUCACCUGCUCCGCCUCAGCCAACCCUUCCGUCAUGACCUACAGGUGGUAUCGCAACGCCCAGCUGGUGGAGGGGAACAAUUCAACCCAGCUGGUGGUGAAGAAGGUGACGCGGGACAGUAACCUGGAGGAUAUUACCUGCGAGGUGUCCAACGAGGUGGGCACGUCCCGCAAGAUUACCCGCCUCUCCAUACACUAUGGUCCUUCGUUCCGCGUGCCGCCCAGCGACCAGUACGCAGAGGUCGGGGAAAACGUGACCUUGAGCUGCCAGGUGGAUUCCAUGCCAGAUCCAACAAUCGUGUGGAUCAACCAGCAGACCCAGACGGUGGCGGGGACAGGCUCCGAGCUGCGCGUCUCCGUCUCAAAAAACAGCGUAGGCGUGUACCAGUGUAUUGCCAAGGUGGAGGGCUUUCCGGAGAUAUCAGACACUGUUGGAGUGUUUCUCAAGGGUCCGCCGCAGGUGCGUUCCGAGAGGAUCCAGUGGGGGAAGAUGGGGGAGACCGUGUUGGUGGAGUGCCUCAUCACUUCUGCCUCCACACGCUCCGUCACCGUCACCUGGACCCACAACGGACAGGAGGUCGACUUAGAGGAAGGUCGCUUCGAGGUGACGGAGGACGUGACGGCCCAGGGCUUGCGUCACACCCUGAUGGUGCACAAGGCACAAGCGAAAGACUUUGGACCGUACAACUGUUCCGUCCAGAAUGCCUAUGGGUCUGACGUCUUCGAAAUCAUCCUCAACAAGAAAAAAACACUACCUCUGCUCUUCAUCUUCUGCGGAGUGACCGGAGGAAUCGUCUUCGUCUUGGUGGCAGCAGUGGUGGUCAUCAUGUGCGCCAAACGGUCCGCAGCUAAACAGAAAGACGCCAAGACCGGAGGAGGAUUACCAGAGAAAACUGUUGCACUACAAAUGACUGACCAGAACUCCACGGCAAACGAAUCUGAUCUCAAGGUGGAGCUGGACCAGCGCACAGGGUCUUCCAUGAGUAAUAAAGACGCUGACCUGGAUGGAUGGGGCGGAGGCGAAAAGGAGAACGAGCAGCCUGCCACCCCGACCUACCUCACGUCUACCAACUCCUACCUCUACCCAGAGACCUUCACUGGCAUUCCUCUUAAAAUUAACGGUCACCUCAACAGCAACGGCGGUGGUCUUUCUUACGGCAACUACGCCGACCACUCCACUGUGCAACAGCAGCAGCAACAGCAGCAACAGCAGCAGCAGCAGCAGCAGCAGCAACAGCAAAAACAGCCUUCUUCUCCCUCUAGUGGUUAUCUCCUGAGUGGCAACAACAUCGCUCCAGGCGGCGGCGUGGGUGUUGGCGCAGGAAGCUUCACCCACACGCCGCCAGGUCUCGUCACCACAAGCCAGCAUUCUCUCUAUCCCGGCUACAGCGAGUACGACGCUGGGAGAGACGCUCCUGACGGCGUGCAUGGCUUCUCCCCAGGGUAUAACAACGGCUUCACGAACCACAGCUUCAAGGCUUCUUCCGGCACUCUUCCUCUCUCCCUCCACGUCAACUCUAGAGGGAACGGAGGUGUCACUGCCAAUACCACCUCCACUAUUCCUAGACUCGGCAUCCCCGUCGACCAUAGCCAGUAUAUAGUGCCCCCGAGAACCCAGGUGUUGCAGGGAGCCCUUGCCACACACGUCUGAUCCACGCCUCGGCCAGGCCAAGUUACACGUUGUUAUUACUGAUAACAUUAGAGCGCAUGAUGCGGAUCCACCAAAAACAGAGGCACGAAAUGAUACAGCUGCUGAUGCUUAUGCUGUAGUGAGUGUCCUGGCGGCGUCAUGAUGCUGUGUACAUAUCUAGGGUCCAAUACAGGCUUGGUCUACUCCAGCUGUGUGAGCAAGACUCGUGCCGGGCCAGGAAGGGGGAGAUGCUGAGCCAUACUCUCUCGGCCACUGCUAAGUGGGAGGGACACUACCGAGGGCAGCAACACACCGAUUGCAAGACUGCGGCAAGACGGACAUUAGAGAAGCGUUCCUACUGUGGUGCAAUAGUCGUAAGAUUAAGUCGAUGUGUAACAAAGUGUGAGAUUUUUUUUCUAGACACUUAACAAGAGUGCUGUUCUCUGUUUUCCAUAAAGUUUGAACGUUUCAAGAAAAAAAACUCGUCAGAGUAGAAAGUGAUAUUUUCCAUGUAUAGAAAACUAUUUUACACAUACAAAUCCCCAGAUACACACACACACACACACACACACACACACACACACACACACACACACACACACACACACAGAAAAAAGCCAGGCAUCUUACAUUUUUUCAAUAUAUUGCUGGGAAUAUAUAUAUCUUACAUCCAGGCGACCCCCUAAUCCAAUGUACCGUAGAGCUAUAGUGGUCGAGGUGGUUCAAAUCGCUGCCUACGCCCCGUCCCUCCCCGGCCGGUGGAGCGGGAAUCAGAGCAGGCAAUUGGCUACGAUACACAGAGAGUUAAACCUUGGAAGUGGGUCUUGAAGCAGGCCAGUAACAAAGUGAAGUCAGUUAUACAUGGCUUGCAACUUUGAUCUUAGGGUGACUAAAGCACUGCCUCAAGAUGAGGCUUUAGUGACGCAAAGCCGAGAGGAGCUUUCUUUUGCUUCGCGACGCAUCGUCUUUCCAUUUUUCCACUGAAGCAGUAUUGGUUCCGUCGUAAUUCGAUUCUCAGGGAAGGAAAAUCUCACGACAAAUUUUGGGGAGGGUAAAGGUGUGCACAAGGUCCAUGAAGUGUACAGAUUAAGAAUGGGAAUUAAUCUCAGUAAGCAAGCAACUUUUUAUUGAUUUAAAUUUGGUCUAAUGGGGGAUUUUAGAAGUUUAUAAUGGUAUUAUAGUCUUCUCCAUUGCCCAGACCCUUGAAAGGAGCUCCUGACUCCGUAACCGCUCGCUUCACGUCUUGUUGUUGUUGUUGUUGCUGUUGUUGUUACAGUAUUUUGUGAAACUUAAACGUGAAUGAAACAAAUAGGUUCCUUCAAUUUUAAGUACAGAGGAGCAAGAGUCACUUAUUUAGUGAGCAUGAUGUGGCCGUGGACCUGCCUCCCCGCCGGGACGAGGGACACACGCACACGGAAAACACACACACACAGACAAACACAAACACACACACACACACACACACACACACACACACACACACACACACACACACACA